UCAGCUCCAGUUUGCGAGUUGUGGCUCAGCGGUGAGGUCGGAGUGCCGUGGCUGGACGGAGACUCGCCUUCCAUGCUGGAUGCGGUGCACAGAACAGAGAAAGAUGCCGGAUUUCGUUGUGUCCCCCAAGUCGUGGUUCGCCCUGCUUCUGUUCCUACACGGAUAUGCACUAUGCCAAGCGCUUACGGAAGAACCGAAUAGUGUUAUAAAGAUACUUAAAUACUUACUUCAAACGAUUCUAUCGAACGGACAGACUAAUGCGGAUGUAGAUGAUCCACUCCAAUCAGGAACUACUCAAGCCAAUAACAGUGGAGAAGAUUUUGCACAAUCGAAUUCCUCUUACUGUGACACAGAAUGCCGGGUCCAUCGCCUCCAAGGGCUGGACAUCAAAGUGAAUAAAGAAUCUCCUAGUGUGUGGGUUCAUGAUCUCAGUAAUGUAAAGCACGGAAAUUGGAACGUGAUUUUCCCUGAAAUACUUGAGGAUAGUCUUCAGCAGAAUAUUGAAAACAUUAGCGUGAACACCAGCAAACCGAGCCUCCUCUCGCUUGGCUGCCGCGGACCGCCGUGUGCACAAUGCAUCGUAUCAAACUGCGACAGCCCGGCUCUUUCCGUUCCAGACUGCAAUCCAUACCUUCUUUAUGGCCUGUCUCUUCCUCUCGACUCUCCCCACAUUACGAUCUAUUGGCGUCCGGAAGCUGCAUAUGGCCUGACCCUGACUUUGGACAAAAACAGAGAGGACGUUAAGGUACCCGAGAAUGAUCGGAAUCGGACACAUAGGAUUGACAUCAAGACAAGGGAGAAAUAUGUACAAGUGGAUAUCCCAAGCCUCCAUAGAGGAAUCAUAUUGGAAAGAGAAGAAGUGGAGAAUGCAUUCAUUAAGAUCGAAUCCUGGGGUCAGUCAAGCAGGUGGAUUCUGCGCUGCAAUAUUGCAACAACAGAAACUACAACAUUAAUUGCUAAUACUAAUCAAGGAUCAACUAAUAUCAGCUCGGGUAAUCUACAAGAAGACUUUGGUUUGUCGCAAAAUAAUACAAAGGCAACAGCAAAGAAGAUGAUUUCUGACUUGAAAGAGGUUAGCCUUCUACCUAGCGAUAUCCAGAGAGCUGUCGAUGCACUCACGGCGCUAGAAAAGGAAUUCGAAAAGGAACUCAAUCUUACUGAGAAUGGCAGGGCGCUGGAACUGGCUAAGGAGUACACUGCUGAUGUCAUUGAGGUGUCAGGAAAGGUGCUUGAGAAACCGAGUCCCUGGCAGGAGCUGGCAGAGGCAGACAGGGGGCGUGCGUCAGGGAAAGUGCAGGCCACAGUCGCGUCAGCAGCAGUCAAAGUCGCGGAACUGCUCAGCAACAGAACAGAGGACUUCGAGACGGAAAACAUUCAUAUACUCGUGUCCAGUCGUCCUGCGAACGUCACGACUCGCAGAUACGACCACGUUCAUUACCCUAACACUUACAUUGAGCUUCCUGAACUGUUCUAUCGCGGUUACGUCGGUGAGGAUAACAACGUGAGGGUCGUCUUUAUUUCAUAUACGACCUUGCACAGCGUCACCAACACUAUACCGCUCGACCCUAAACAAGCCUCCCCCGACGUCUUUCCAGCUAAGGGUCAGGUCAACAGCGGAAUUAUCAAUGCCAUUGUUGGGCAAAAGGGACUCUGGCGGGCAGGCGAAGGCGAGGCAACAGCAGUGAAAUUCGGCCACGUGUACAAUGGCGAAGAAUUCCUCCUCGCCAACGCCAGCUGUGUGUGGUGGGACGAGGCAGCCAACGCCUGGAACACGAGUGGUUGCACCCUCAAUUACACGGACGCCCACGUAACCAUCUGUCGCUGCAACCACCUGACGUCCCUAGCCCUCCUCAUGGACGUUCGUGGAUUUUUGGCAAAGGAACGAGUGAGGGAGGUCAGUUGAUGGUGGUUAGAAGUUCCGUCGGUGUUGUUGCUGUUAUUAUUGUUGUUGGUGUGGUGGUAUUAUUAUCAAUGUCAUCUUU